UUGCCGCGAGAGAGUCGUAAUUUUCAUUUCCAAAAAAUACGUUCGCCAAUUUUUGCAUAUUUUGCGUAUAUAGCAAAUGUUCUAGAGCCGAAAAUAUAAAACUUUCGAAUUGUAAAUAUUACGGAGAACCUUGAAAAAAAGUAAACUGAGUAAAGCGCUUUGUGAAAGAAAUCAAUUGAAAUCAAACAACGCAGUUGGCAAAGCUGAGAAUAAUAUGUUUACAUCGCCCAAGCUAUGCCGGGAAUUGAAAUUUUGGAUUUGUACGUUUGUUUUAAUAUCAACUUUAUUUCGCAUUUUCGAUGCUGUGCCGGCACCAGCCACUAACACAAAUGGAUCGGGUGAAAACGACCCAUGUGUGGUGAAACAAGGAGUUUUUGGAAAAUGUACUCUACCCCGAAAUUGUCCCGAUCUCAUAACGCAAAUGCAAAAUUUGGGACUUUCAAAAAAGGAUGUGGUCCACUGUGGUUUCACCACCUUUGAAGAAAUAAUUUGCUGCCCUGUGGCAGCGGAUACAAAUGUUUUAGGAAUUUUUAAUACCACAAAUGAUUUUAUAAAGAAUAAUAGGAAUUCGAAUGGCGGCAACAAUGAACGCGGAGAUUUCGGCGCCCAAGAGCGCAAAGCGCUGAAAGCAUGUCGCUUACUCGAGGACUUUACAGAGCCAUUCCCCGUGCCGCAUAUACUUGGCGGCUCACCGGUUGCGCCGGGCGAAUACCCGCACAUGGCUGCAAUCGGUUACGCAUCCAUUAAUGAACGAGGCCCGCCCUAUGAUAUACGUUGCGGUGGCACACUCAUAGCCAAACGUUUUGUGCUCACGGCGGCGCAUUGCGUUAAUCGACGUGACAGCGUGCCGGCUAUUGUGCGUUUGGGCGUGACCGAUUUUAAUAAUGCCGACCAAAUGAAAAAUGCUGUCGAUAUGCCCAUUGAGUUGGUGCACAUCCACAAGGACUAUAACAGCCUGCAGAAGUAUGACGAUAUUGCCAUAAUCGAGCUAAAAAAUGACGUCGAGUACUCCUCGCUGGUAUUUCCAGCUUGCCUGCAUACAGACCUGGCUGAUCCGCCGCUAAGCGCGCAACUCAAUGUAACUGGCUGGGGUACAACUAACUUGAGAACACGUGAAAAAUCCAACGUUCUACUCACGGCACGUGUUAAGAUUUUUUCCUUAGAAGACUGCAAUGCCGCCUAUACGCGCCUAGGUAUUUUACCCGCGCGCGGAAUAUUGCCCACACAAAUGUGCAUUCAUGAUCCAGAUUUGAUCAGUGACGCCUGUUGGGGCGACUCCGGUGGACCGCUCAAUCUCAUAAUCGACGAAAAAUAUCGCAAAAUGCAGGUUAUUGGCAUAGUCUCGGCUGGAAGUGGUUGCGCGACGACCACGCCUAGUUUGUAUACACGAGUUGCGUCGUAUUUGGAUUUUAUAGAGGAUAUCGUGUGGAAGGAUUUAUGAAAUUUUAGUAUAUAAAGGGUGGUCCAGAGACAAGUUUCUUUUUGAAUCGUAUGUUGGUUUGGCAUUGCCUGUUCUUACACACUCGUGUUUGACUUAAGGUCGGAAUUAUAUCUGCCAAUGGAAAUGAGUCACCUUAUGACUGAACAAAUCCUACAAAAAUAAGUGUUUACAGAAAUUAGAGUGGGGUUAAGGUAGUAGCAUACGUCGAUGACUUGGUCCUGAUGGUAUCGAGACCGUUUCCCUCAGUCAUGGCUGAGAUUUUGGAAAGGUCCCUGGCUGUACUCAGUCGCUGGACUGCCACUUGCGGCCUCCGAGUCGACGCUGACAAAACGGAACUGCUGCUAUUUACCAGAAAAUAUAAACCUCCACCCUUUCGACUUCCCAAAUUAAAAAACCACGUUCUUCCGCUCUCAUCGGAAGUUAUGUAUCUUGGAGUGAUACUUGACUCCAAGCUCCAUUGGAAGCAACACAUUGACAAUCGGGUAAAGAAGGCCAGCAUACCUUCUACUCCUGCAAAUCUAUGUUCGGUAAACAAUGAGGACUCAAGCCACAGGUCGAGCUGUGAAUGUACAACGCAGUGGUUUUGCCACUUUUAACGUAUGGAUGCCUGGUUUGGUUAGAAGGAAGGGCUAUAAUAUCACUAAACUGGGGAGGGUGCAAAGAACUGCAUGUAUUGGCAUAACCGGAUCAUGUAAAACUUGUCCCAGUGCUGCCCUAAAUGUUGUUUUGCACUUACUUUCUAUCGACUUUUACGUUAUUUCCAUCGCAGCUCAAAAUGCAAUUAGACUAAUGGAGAUUAGCCUCUGGAGGCAAUCUCUCAAGGGACAUGGUAGCAUUUUCAGGCAGUUAACACCGUAUUUCUCCGAGCUAGAGUUAGAGGCUCGUGCUAGGGCAAUCUUCCAAAUAGGCAGGAUUGGAUCGAGGGGAAAAUCUGUAGCGAAGCUUGCACCUCUGUCUUCACUGACGGUUCCAAGAUGGAAUCGGAAAUCGGAGCAGGGGUUUUCUCUAAAUCGGCCAAUUUAUUUAUCUUCUUUAAACUACCGAAUACUGUUAAUGUUUUUCAAGCAGAAGUCAUUGCGAUCCUGCAGGCAUGCAAAAUGCUUAGGGAAUGCGGGAGCGAGGAAGAUAUUAACAUUUUCUCCGAUAGUCAAGCCGCGAUUAAGGCUCUGACGACGUCAUGGUGAAGAUUGAAAGUAGUAAACUCCUGUAAGGAGGAGAUGAAAUCUCUUGGGUAAUCUUUCAAAUCUCGCAAGGAAUAUUUCUCUAAUCUGGGUUCCAGAACAUGGGAACAUAGAGGGAAACGAAACUGCUGAUGAACUUGCCAAAAGGGGCCUGAAUUGGCCUCAGAAACCUCCUACCCGAUCAUCGGCAUCCCCCUGACACUUGCUAAAGGGGAAUUGCACAACUCAUUUCUCAGGAAAGCAUGGAUCAGAUGGAGCUCCAUUUCUUCGUGUGGUAUUUCGAAAAUCCUAUGGCCUCAGUACAAUAGACGGAGGACGCAGAUAGUCCUGGAGACUCCACGCCAUUCAAUUUCCAAAGUCGUACCUGUACCGAUCACUGGACUAUCGCCACACACGCAGAAAUGUUAGAUCUUCCAUUUAAUCUCCAUUGAAGAAGCUGUGGAAACCUUUCAGAGAAGGAGACUGUUGAACAUUUUCUCUAUAAAUGUCCGAGUUUGGCAGCUAGACGAUUGAGGUCCUUUCUUCGACACCCUGGGGCAGUGCGCCAACCUAAAUACCAUCAAUCUUCUCUAUUAUAUCAACAGCCCUGACUGGCUUCAGUACUACUUGAGGAGUGCCAGACUGGGACUGCAACCAUUUCACCUCCCUACCUAAGUGUUUACAAAGUAACAAAUUUGUCCCACAAAAAGAAAAACUAGAGCUUCCCGACGUCGUGCUGUACGCAACUCUAUCCAGAAAUAUCAACUCGCUAUCGAUCCCAAGAACUCAACAUUUCACGAGCCGGCCUGAUGUGAAUUGUUCGUGAAACUCUCGGGCUAUUCACACAGAAGGUACAAAUUACUCAGUUGGAUUGUUCUAUUCAGUUCGGCAUCUUAGUAGUCGUAGCAUCGCCCAGGAGCUAAAGAUCGACCAUACAAUAGUUGUAAACCAUUUGCUCAAAGCUGGAUUCAAGAAGAAGCUCGAUGUUUGGGAGCCACACCAAUUAACACCAAAAAACAGGAGGGAUCGAAUUUCCAUCUGCGAAGCCUGGACUAAGCAGCUCAACGGUAGUCAAAGCAGGACUAAUGGCCAGCGAGGUUCUACUGUGUAUUUGAUGGGGCUUGAAAAGAAUCAUUUACUAUGAGUUGCUUCCGUAUGGCCAAACACUAAAUUUAGAUCUCUACUGUCCACAACUGAACCGUUUGAAGCUAGCGAUUGAUCAGAAACGACCAGAAUUGGCCAACAGAAGAGGUUUUGCCUUCCAUCAGGGCAAAGCAAGGCUACCCACGUCUGUAGUGACUCGCCAAAAACUCGGGAAGCUUGGUUGGGAAGUUUUAAUGCAUCCACAAUAGAGUCCGGACCUGGCACCAAGCAAUUACCACC